AUGAUACUUAUCAGCUACAUAGCACAACUUUGUAUAACUUUGUACACCUAUCUACGAAACAAGCGAUCUGGCAAUCCACCGACUGAGGUCAACCUUGAGGCGAGGAUCGACGAGUCUAGCCUAACUCCCUGCCUGCGCAGCGAGUCACCUGAGCUGCCGAUCGGCUUCAAGCUGUCGAAGGAACAGCUGAGCACGUGUAAAAAGCUUUGCCAGGGAAGAUACGGCACGGUGAUGGAGGCGCAGCUGUCCAAUAACGGGACGCGGCAGAAGGUGGCGGUGCGUGUGAUAAAGGGUUCCGGUGGCGAUAAGCUACUGAAGGCAGCUCUGGAAAUGGUGCACACGAUGGCCUACCUCGGACAGCACUUGAACUUAGUCAACAUACUGGGCGCUGUCACCAAAGGGCUGCGUAAUGGGGAGCUGCUCGUGGUAGCGGAGUACUGUCAGCAUGGUACGCUGCUGAAUUUCUUGCGGCGAAACAAGAGGAAUUUUAUCGAACAACUCGGCUCCAACCCACACAGCACAUGGGCUGAUGACGGGGCGAGCAGUUCCUCGACUCGUCCAUCGGGCAAAAUAAUCACCUACAUCGAUCUGAUGAGCUGGUCCUUCCAGAUCGCCAGCGCCAUGAGCUUCCUGGAGUCCUACAACGUGGUGCACGGUCAUCUGGCGCUCGAGAACGUACUGAUGUACGACAAGAAGGUGGUCAAGCUCGACAAGGUUGGGCUGCUGCCAGCGAUGGUCGCCGGCCACAGCUACGUCGGGAUGGGUGAAGACUUUUACCCCUACAAGUGGCUCGCGCUCGAAUGCUUCAGCGAGCGCGAGUUCACCACGAAAUCGGACGUCUGGUCGUUUGGGGUGCUGCUCUGGGAGCUGUUCACGCUGGGCGAAACGCCGUACGCUGCCAUGCCGAACAAGGACCUCUACCGGAGGCUGGACGAAGGAUUCCGCUUGGAGCUGCCGGACAACGCGUUCCCGGAGAUCCACGAUAUGAUGCGCAUGUGCUGGUACAUUCGACCAUACCUGAGGCCUACCUUCCAGAAGCUGGAGGAAGGCUUGAGUGCUAUGCUGCCAAAGGAAAUAACAAAUGUAAGUGAUGCACACACUGUCGCAAAUAACAACUAA